AUGGGCUCCGAUUGCUCUGCGGGAGAAGCUUCCCAUUUGUCUAAUUGCAUCUUCGAGAGCCAGAUACAUGAACCACAAGCUCAUUCUAGCCUCACAUCGCAGCUUGCGCCAUCUCCAACCUUGAACAGCAAAAACCAAGUUCAAAAUCAAAACGCACAUAUAACAUCAGCUCCAGAGCUUCGUGCUCGACAAAAUGAUUGUUCGCAACUCUCGCAGAGCGCAGCUCAAGCUGUGCAACAAGCAUCCCAACAGGCAUCUCAGUCGAUACAGCAAGCCUCUCAAGCUGCACAGCAGGCCUCACGAUCUGCUUCUGAAGCUAUCCAACAAGCGCAACAGAGCGCUUCUCAGUCGAUCUUAUCGGCGUCUAGAAGUGCCGCUAGUGCCGCAUCGUCUGCGAGCUCAGCUGUGUUUAGCGUUCAGUCUUCCGCGGCGAGUGCUUUGGCUCGAGCGACUCAGUCGGUGCAGAGUUUACAACUCAGUGCUUCUGCUGCACAGUCCGAUGCUUCAAAGGCAGUCCUUCAAGCUCAAGCAUCGGUUUCUACUUUCAGGUCAUCAGCCGCUUCCCAGGUUGCACAGGCAAGUCAGCAUGCCACAGCUUCGCAGACAGCAGCAGUUACCGCCACCCAAGCAGCUCUCGCUAUAGUUGGCAGUAUUAUUGCAUCUGCUUUGAUAACGAUUCUUAUUGUUUUCCUCAUCAAUCAAUACAAGAUGAAAGCCAAGAAGAGAUCCCGUGCAAAUCAACUACAAUUUGGCGGGGAUUCCGCGUUGGCUCCCAAUUCCGAAGCUCCUGUUUCCGAGAAAGCAGGUACCGCAAUAAUAACGUCGCAAUCCACAUAUAUGGCAACAAAGGAUGCCUCCAAAAAUGGUAUUCAAGGCUUAUCAGUGUCUUCAAAACCACCUCUUGGUAAUAAACAUUCCCAGCAACAAAACUCUCACGUCAGCAACACAUCACUAUCGUGGGAUCCCACGAAUCCGCCGAAACCUCCAUCAUUAAAGUCAUGGCUGAAGCGUCAAGAAGGCGUUUCACCGUUUGGAUCCAUAAAGCUCCCCGAAGACAGCGAAUCAUCUAGUCCCCUUGGAGGCCAACUCAAAUCGCCCCUACAAAGUUCUGAAAAGCCAUUCAGUCCACUACCACAGAGGUUCACCUCCGAUCUACCCCUGAGAAAUCCAAAGUCUUCCGUCUUUAUGUCUAAAAGACCAUCGGUGGAUGCUGGUUCAGUGCAGAAUCCAAUGUUACAAUAUGACUCCGUGAAACGGAAGCCUAUUAGUCCGGGAAAUGCCAACAAGCUUCUUGAAUCUCCGGUUCCAAAGCAGUCAUACCGAGACAGCCAGGACAGUGUGUGGACAGAUGCCGUUACUGAUGAGGGACCAUCGCCAAUGCUUCCACGUCAACCUGAAGUUCCGACAGAAACCGCAUCCAUAAUACAAGGCUAUACGAUGCGCAUUCCAUCACCUCGCGGGCCCGUUCGAGACACGGCAGAAUGGUUACAGGAGGGAGCAACUUUCCGUUCCCCCAAUCCUACCCAGAAUCUCGCAAAUUCAAGACCAGCCUCCAACGUUCUACCAAAGAGCCCAAGGGCUCCAAAACUGGGAAUUGUGGCGCGACCAUACGUGAUAGGUAUACGUAAAAGCAGGGGCGAGAAAAGCCAGACUAAUACGCCUGGAGUUGGGAGGGCGUUGUGAAUCAUACUGAGUUUUGCACAUAUACGCUUAUAUGCGAG